AGGGCACUCCGUGGGGCAGGACCGCGUGCAGGAUCACAGAUGGACCUCCACUUCCUUCAGCACUCCCACUCUCACUAACCUGGAGCACUCUAAUCAAACACAUCCUCUCCACCAUUUACUCUGAAUCCUUAUCCACGGAGGAGAGCGCGCGGCGGAGUGAAGCGAGCAGUCGACCUUCACGAUGCAGCAUUACGGAGUGAACGGCUACUCUCUGCAUGCCAUGAACUCUCUCAGUGCCAUGUAUAACCUUCACCAGCAGGCAGCGCAGCAGGCACAGCAUGCGCCCGACUACCGGCCUUCAGUCCAUGCCCUCACUCUCGCAGAGAGACUUGCUGACAUCAUCCUGGAGGCCCGUUACGGUUCUCAGCACAGGAAGCAGCGCAGGAGCCGCACGGCCUUCACCGCCCAGCAGCUGGAGGCUCUGGAGAAAACCUUCCAGAAAACGCACUACCCCGACGUGGUCAUGAGGGAGCGGCUCGCCAUGUGCACCAACCUGCCUGAGGCUCGAGUUCAGGUCUGGUUUAAGAACAGGCGGGCAAAGUUCCGUAAGAAGCAGCGCAGCCUGCAGAAGGAGCAGCUCCAGAGGCAGAAGGAUGCAGGGACGGAUGCAGGACAGGAGGCUGAGAAAGGAGGAGCUCCGCCCUCAACCACAUCAGAGUCUCAGACUCCUCCCCACUCCCAGGCAGAAGGACAGCAAUCUGCACUUCCCCCACCUGCCGACCUCACUGAGGAAGUGAAUGUGACCUCACCUGAGCAGUCAGGGGCGGAGUCGGGAGCGGAGGAUUUGACGGACAGGGAGGACGAGCAGCCGUGUUUCAGAGGGGAGGUGAAAGCCGCAGGGCCACACUUACCUGACGAGAGUUCCCCAUCCUGCAAACCACUCAGUCCAAAAUCAGACUCUCCCCUCAGCUCCCCCUCUCUGCCCUCCUCCAGCGGGGUCAGCAGCAGCGGUUUGGCCCAGAGUAACUCCUACGCCUCGUCUCCGCUCAGCCUCUUCCGUCUGCAGGAGCAGUUCCGGCAGCACAUGGCCGCCACCAACAACCUGGUGCACUACCCGUCCUUCGACAUGGCCACUCCGUCCUCAUUACCGUAUUUGGGCAUGGGCGUGAACAUGGCAGCACCUCUGGGCUCACUGCAGUGCCAGUCUUACUACCAGUCCCUGUCCCAGGCCCAGCAGGUGUGGAGCAGCCCUCUGCUUCAGGCUGCAGGAACGCUACCCAGUAUGAACAGCAAGACCACCAGCAUCGAAAACCUGCGCAUGAGGGCCAAACAACACGCAGCUUCACUGGGCCUGGACACUUUACCUAACUGAGAAAGACGCAUCAGCUUAUGGACGCUGAAAAUUCAUUAAUGUACAGGAAUGGAAUGCUGCUUGACUGAUAAUGAAGAAGGACUGGCCUCUAUAUUACUGUGGUUUGAAAUCAGCACAUCACUUUGACACUCUGUACCCAGUUCAACUCAGAGAAGCUGGAAUUGGAUGCUGCUAGACUGAAAAAAGGAUUGGUUUCUGCAUUAAACUGUGGUCACACUUUCGGCUUGAAGAGGGAGAUAAUACUUAAUUUUGGAUCGAGCAGAAAGUUUAAUUCAGACCUACAGACUUUUCAGUGUGGUCCAAAUUGAACCAUGGUCUGCAUAAAAGGACUACAAUUUGGUCCAACCAAAAGAGAUGAUCUCAGCCUGGGUCAACUGGACUAGAACAGGGUUCUUUCUCGCUUGAAAAAACUGGUGUUGUCUGAAAUUUGAAUCCCCUUUAUGCAAUCUGGGCACAAUAUAUAACAAUUAUACUGGUGAUUCCUGUAUCUACUGUAACUGUAGAAUAACCCAUAUUUAUUAAUAGAAAUUAAAAGGAAUCCAAGGGUAAACUGUUAUGCUGAUUUGCUUCCUGUACUCGAAGACAGUUGGAUACUGGCAGAAAAGCAGAAUUUUGCACAACACCUGGUUACAUUUCUGAAUUGUCAACUUGCCAAGGUCCAGUGCCAAUCAGCAUCAAGCAUAGGUAGAUGCCGCCCACAUGAUGAUGAUGAUGACAAGAAGUAGCAAAGUUGUUUAGUGCGCUCAGGCACUAAACUGCAGUGUGAAACCAAAUGUAUACACAAACAAAAAAAAAGGAAACAUGGCUCAGACUUUGGUCCAAAUUUUGCAGCUAUAAGCAACAGUUUUAGGCAAUUAUCUCAUUUAGCAAAUUUUAUUCCCAUUCACCCUCACUGUGGCUUUACUUACAUUAAAAUCCCUUUAGCCUGACUUGGACACUCAACUCACCUUCUAACAAGAACAAGACCUGCAAAUUCACAGAACUGGAAUCCUGAUAAGCUCAUCUUUAUAUAAGCACUGCUAAGGACAGAAAUUACCUCAAAACUAAUAAGGUGGAUUUUUGGAAAUGGUAAAACCAAGCAUCUGUCUUUCUCCUGGUCUGGUUAAUAUGCAGUGGAUACUGAAAAACGAUUGCAUAUUAACAUUUUUUGCCAUACACACCAACUGCAGAACACUAAGACUUCUUAAAUGACAAAAAGCCAUCCAUUGGACUGUGUAAAUAUGCUACAGCUACAGAAUUUGAAGAGGACGUUACAUUCAUACUUUCAUUCUGUCCCUUUGUGGAUGUUGUAAGUGACAAGUCGGAACUGACUAAAACAUUAAUUUGAUCCUAAAUGGACUGAAGGAACAGUGUAUGAUAAUCGUAAACAUUCUUCCAUCAUAUUAUGUAUGUAUUGCCAUUUCUGACUUUUCUCUGGAUUGUUUACGUAAAUGUGAAUAACUUAUCUGUGAAAUGCAAGGGAAUAAACCACAUAUAUGAAACGCAA